AUGGCAACCGGGAAGCUCAACGUGAUCGCGCUCAUCUCGGGCGGCAAGGACAGCUUCUACAGCCUGCUGCACUGCCUCCGACACGGCCACCGCAUCGUCGCCCUCGCCAACCUGCACCCCCCCGUGCCGUCCACCGCCGACUCGCAGCAGGAUGAGGCGGACCUGAACAGCUUCAUGUACCAGACCGUCGGUCACGAGGUUGUCCCACUGUACGCCGAGGCCACCGGCAUCCCGCUCUACCGGCAGCCUAUCGCCGGGAGCGCCGCGCACCACGAGCGUGACUACGCCCACGACGCCUCGGCGCCGGUCGUCGACGAGACCGAGUCCAUGAUGACGCUUCUGUGCGCCGUCAAGGAGAGGCACCCGGAGGCCGACGCCCUCUGCUCCGGCGCCAUCCUGUCCACCUACCAGCGCACGCGCGUCGAGUCCGUCGCCGCGCGCCUCGGCCUCACCCCGCUCGCGUACCUCUGGAAGUACACGGCGCUGCCCGCCGCGCCGGCCGAGGACGACGAGUCGCGGCUGCUGCUCGACAUGGCGGCCGCGGGCCUCGAGGCGCGCAUCGUCAAGGUGGCCAGCGCGGGGCUGGACGAGGGCCACCUGUGGGACUGCGUGUCGAGCGAGGCCGGCGCGGGCCGCGUGAAGCAGGCUCUCCGCAAGUUUGGCGCAGCGGAGGGGGCCUCGCUGGGGGAGGGCGGCGAGUUUGAGACGCUGGUCGUGGAUGGGCCCGCGUGUCUCUUCAAGAAGCGCGUCGUCGUGCCCGAGCAGGGCACGCGUGUGGUGCGGGAGGGUGGUGGCUCGGUGUGGCUCUUGACAAGAGGCGCGCAUUUACAGGACAAGGAUGCUUCCGAUGCGGACUUUUCCGUGAACGUGAGAGUCCCGGAGCUUUUUGACCCAAAAUUUGCUCAAGUACUGGACGACUUGGUCGCACGACCUGAUGAGCCGUCCGAGCCCGUCAUCGCAGGCUACGAGACCCAACCAUUGUCCAAGACAAGCAUUGUAUCUAAUGCCGGCCCAGAACUACUGGCAUGGAACUUUAUCUCUGACGAGACGUACGAGGCCAGCCUGAUUGCUGAGGAAACGAAGAGUAUAGUCCGCAAACUCAAGGAAGCACUCACAACGAAUGGUCUCAGCGUCGCGCAGCUAACGACGGUCAUCAUCGUUCUGCGAAACAUGGCCGACUUUCCCAAAAUCAACCAAGAAUAUGGCAGCAUAUUUGACUCACCAAACCCUGCAUCUCGGGUAACUAUUUCCUGCGGCAACUUGCUACCAGAGGGACGCAACGUGAUGCUAUACGCAACCACCCCGCCAGCCUCACCUACGCUCACGAGAGACGGGCUUCACGUUCAGUCGAGAUCAUACUGGGCGCCAGCCAACAUCGGCCCCUAUAGUCAAGCCAUCGAGAUCCCCAUCACGAGGAACCUCGUCGCGCUCGGUCCGCGCUCCGUCUACGUCGCCGGCCAGAUACCGCUGAUACCGCACAGCAUGACACUGCCCGCCCCGUCCGGCACCGCCCUCGCCGAGCAGAUCACGCUCUCCCUGCAGCACCUGUGGCGCGUCGGCGCCCAGAUGAAGGUCCAGCAGUGGACGAGCGCCGUCGCCUACUUCGACAGGGCGGCGUCCGCGGAGGACAUGCGGCGCCGAGCGCGGCUGGCCGGCUGGGCAUGGCACGCGAUGCACGCCGCCGUGCCGGACGAUGAGGAGGAUGCCGCGCUGGACCCGUGGGAUCUCAAGUACAACGCGCAGUACGCGUCCCUGGCGGUCAGCAGCAAGCCGGCGCCGCUGCCCGACUGGGAGGUGUUCCCCAUGCGGCAGCAGAACGAGCCCGGGACCUGCGUGCCGCCGUUCUUCGCGGUCGAGGUGGAGGAGCUGCCGCGGGGGGCGGCGGUCGAGUGGCACGCGCACGCGGGGCUGUCGGGCCUCGCAGAGGCCAGCACGCAGAUGGUGUCGCACGACGAGUCCCGGCUGGACGGCUGGCGAUCGUGGAGCACGGUGGUGCGGGCGGAGGGAGGCGUCUUCGUACACACGGUGCUGGCGGACGUUGGGGAUUCCGGCACCAAGGCUACGGUUGGCGGAGUUGCGGCUACGGCUCAGGCAAAGUAUCGCGAAGCCAUCCGUCUUCUCGGCGCCGACGUCGCUACUGCGGAAGCCCCAUACCUGAUGUACGUGGACAAGGACAGCAUGGCUGGCUGGGGCGAGGCUUUGCAUGACGUUCAACUGCCCUGUGCAAUUGUACCUAGUUACUCUAUCUGGACGGCCGAUGGGAAGAGAGCAUCGUGCGUAGCAGUUUUUAGGUUGUCGGUCGGCGCUUCUUAG